AUGGGAUCCCACAAAGUUCCCAUCACCUUUGCAGGUCUGCUGUACGACCGUUUCCAGCCGCUGCAGUCAGGUGAGGUGGUGCCAGAGGGCAUCGACCUUAAUUUCCUGGCUCUCCAUCAUCCACGAGAUAUCUUUGAUCGGAUGGCCGGGGGCAAAGAAUUUGAUGCAUCGGAACUCAGUCUCAGCGAAUAUAUUUGCCGAUACGCGAUGGGUCUCCGCGACUUUGUUGCGAUACCAGUGUUUCCUUCCAGAGCAUUUCGGCAUGGAUACAUUGCCGUGAAUAGUACUAUUGUCAAAGAACCGAAGGAUUUGAAUGGCAAAAAGAUUGGGGUGCCGCUUUACACCAUGACGGCCGCAGUCUGGAUUCGCUCAGUGCUCAAGCAACAUGGCGUCGAUCUUGACAGCAUUCAUUGGGUCCAGGGCUCCUUUGUGAGCGCCGAAGGGUAUGGUAAACCGACAGCGAUGCCCCUGGUAGAGUCUGUGAACAUUACACAGAAUAAUAGCGGCAAGUCGCUGAGCCAGAUGUUGGAGGACGGCGAUAUCGCUGCAACGAUCGGGGCGGACCUUCCGCCGUGUUUUCGUACCGCGGAGCAUGUUAAAAGGUUAUUCCCCAAUUUCAAGGACGUGGAGAAAACAUACUUUAAGGACAAAGGUGUCUUUCCAAUUAUGCAUACGGUGGUCGUGAAGCGGGAGCUCGUCGACAAGUAUCCUUGGCUGCCGUCAAGUCUCUUCAACGCUUUCAAUGAUGCAAAGGAGGUUGCGAGGGUCCGUAUGCGCUUUUUGGACGCUCUAAGAUAUAUGCUGCCGUGGCUGGCUGCCGAGAUCGACGAAAUUGACCAGAUCUUUGGAGGAGAUGCCUGGGUUUACGGUGUCGAGCCGAACCUCAAAACGCUCGAGACUCUUGUUGAUGCUCUAUACGACCAGGCAAUGAUAAGCAGUAAACCCGCCUUGGAGGAGCUCUUCGCUCCUAUCCGAGGCCAAAAUUGGAAGGUUGGUUGGGGAACGACGCCCCCAAAGCCUUCGCAGUGA